AAUGUUUAGUUUCAGAAUGCUCUAAUCAGUGAAAAAUGAAGGAUUCAAAGCCAGCAGAAAAUCCCAAGGUGGUGGGAGAAGGGAUUAGGUCUGUUCAAACGAGCAAUGUGUUCCGAACCCUGAACUUCGAACUGUACGCUAAACCAAACAAGUUCAUUAUGGUGUGUGGAGUUCUCGCAAUUACGGGGUGUUUUGGAUACUUAGCCUGGAUGAAAUCUGUGUACAAGGAUAGAAAUCUAUAUACAGCACUGGAUGAGAACGAACAAUUAGUUCUCAGAGAGAAGAAAACUAGAUGGGAUUAGUGAAGGAUUAAACUUGAACAAUAACUUGUAGUGAAGCUUAAACAGUAAAGUAAACAG